GCUGGUCCUCUUCCUUCGCCUGCUUCUCUCCGGGAGCAGCUGAGGCGGAAAUGGGGGAGAGGACGACAGUAAGGGGAGAACCGCCAUGGAGGCUGCUGAAGGGGCGGUGAGGAUAAAACUGUCGAAAGAAUAUUUGGCUACCUAUCUUAUGAGGAAUGCUUUACUAAAUGGGGCUUCCUCUUGUGAAUGAGAACUGUGGACAGCAUAACUUUGAAAUCCUCCCCUCCCCUGUUCCUCAUCUUUCUAACUAGGUCAAAAAGUCCAUUUCCUUGUUUAAGGAAACCGCAGUGGAUCUCAGAAGAGAUGUUUUUUGCCAUCUGAAUUGUUUUAGUGGAAAUUGUUACACCAGCCAACAAAAAGAUGAUGCGUUACUGGGGUGAGAUCCCAAUCUCCUCCAGCCAGGCCAACCGCAGCUCUUUUGACUUGCUUCAGCGAGAGUUUCGUACUGUGGAGGUCCAGGAUCCUCCAUUGCAUCAGCCUUCAGCCAACAAGCCGAGGCCCACUACUAUGCUGGACAUUCCUUCGGAGCCCUGUAGCCUCACCAUUCACACCAUCCAGCUGAUCCAGCACAAUAGAAAGCUGCGUAGCCUCAUUGCCAUGGCUCAGACUCAGAACCAACAACAAGUGGAGGGCAUUAAGAUGGAAGAAAGUGAGCCUUUGCCUACCUGUCCGGGCUCCCCACCUAUCCCUGAUGACUUACUUCCACUUGAUAGCAAAACACCCAAGAUGCCAUUUCAGUUGAGGCACAGUGAUCCAGAAAGUGACUUUUACAGAGGCAAAGGAGAGCCAGUAACUGAGUUAAGUUGGACCUCCUGCCGCCAGCUUCUCUACCAGUCCGUAGCCACGAUUUUGGCUCACGCAGGCUUUGAAUGUGCAAAUGAGAGCGUCUUAGAGACUCUGACAGACAUUGCUCAUGAGUACUGCUUGAAGUUUACGAAGCUGCUGCGUUUUGCUGUGGACCGAGAAGCUCGGCUAGGGCAGACGCCUUUCCCAGAUGUCAUGGAACAGGUCUUCCAUGAAGUGGGCAUUGGAAGUGUGCUCUCUCUGCAGAAGUUCUGGCAACACCGGAUUAAAGAUUAUCAUAGUUAUAUGCUACAGAUCAGCAAGCAGCUCUCUGAAGAGUAUGAAAAGCUUGUCAACCCUGAGAAGGCAGCAGAAGAUAUGAAACCUGUGAAAAUCAAGGAGGAACCAGUCAGUGACAUCACAUUUCCCAUGAGUGAAGAACUGGAGGGGGAUUUAGCCUCUGGAGACCAGUCUUUGCCUGUGGGAGUGCUUGGAGCCCAGAGUGAGCGUUUUUCAGCCAACCUGGAAGCAGAGACAUCACCACAGACAUCAGGUGGUGAGGUGAAUACUUCCCCACUUUGGAACUUGGCUCCAGUGAAAAUGGAGCCACAAGAGAGCGAGGAAGGCAACGUCCAUGGCCAUCAUGGAGUCCUGAGCAGUGAUGUGUUUGAGGAGCCCAUGUCAGGCAUGAGUGAAGCAGGCAUGCCACAGAGCCCAAAUGGCUCUGAAAGCAGUUACGGUUCUCAUUCCCCUGACAGCCUGAUGGGAUCUUCACCAGUCUUCAACCAACGCAGCAAGAAGAAGAUGAAGAAGAUGUGAACUUUGAUCUGUGGAUGAUGAUGGGAGAACUGAUUUCACAAAGAACCUGGUAGCACAUAGGAUUCUGAUCAACAGAACAAGCAGUUUUGGAUUUCCAUGCAGUCUUUUGUCUUUCCUAUCUCUUUCUCUGUGCUCAUUACUUAUUAAAAGACCAGAUAGUUUUUAAUAGAAUAGCAUCCGUGCACACACACAUCAUAGGAUGGUUUUGCAAAAAGACUAGUUUGGGUGGCUGUUUAUGGUGAAAGGCAAUAGCUUUCCUAUCACCUUUCCUAACACAAACUGGUGGUGAAAGAGUGCAUAAGCAUAAAAAAAAAAAUUGAACUGGAGUGUAAGGAAUUUUGUAUUUCUAAUGCCAUACAUUUAUAUUUUGAAAGAAUAUACUUUCAGCACAAUAUUUUUGUUUGCCUGUAUCAGAGGUGGGGAAACCAUUGCCUUAUAGCAGUUGCUAUAAUUGCUGGUUAUUUGUACAAGUUAACUUUAUUUUAUAAAUGUUGCAUAUUUAAUUUUUCUUCAGCUAAUCAUGUGGAAAGACAAUGGUGCAGUUGCAGCGAAUUGCAAAAUUGACCCUGCCUGCAUAUGUGUCUGUUUCAACUGAAUGCCCUCUUUGCUUUUUGUACCAAUUUAAUCUGUGCUUACAGAUUUUAAAGGUAUUGACUGUUCAUUGUUGAGAGCUAGCCUUAAAAGAUAAAACUCUUGGUGGACUUCAGAAAUUGUUUAUUUUUAUUUCCUUUAAUUUUUCCCCAUUUUCUCUGCUCUUUCAAGAAAUAGCUUACUGUUGUUAGUUUAUUACAUUAAUACUGUUUUUAAAAGUAUUUUCUGAAAGGGAGGCAUACUACAUAUUUAACAUUCAUCAAAGUCAAUAAUAUUGUCAGUUGAAAAUUUGAGUUCCUUUGUUGGUAACAGUGUGCAGUUUAAAAGUAUGGGCAUACAUUUUUUUUUUUGGGAAACUUUUAAACAUCCAGUGUGCUUGUAAUAUAUAAUAUGAUCUGAGGUGUGUGCGCAUAAGUCCCUUCAAAUCACCUGUUGAUUUAUGGCAACCCCAUAAAUUUUAUAGGAUUUUCUUAGGCAAAGAAUACUCAGUUGUGGUUUUGCCAGUUCCUCCCUCUUGAGGUAUUCCCUACAGCACCUGGUAUUUGUUGGUGAUCUCCCAUACUUAGCUUCCAGAAUCAAAUGCCUUUAGGAUAUUUAGGUUCUAAAAAAAGGUUUAUGGCAGUAGCACAGGCCCCUGGGAAUUUCCUAUUGCCCAUCAUGUCCCUACCUAGGUUUUAAAAUCAGAGCUUGGUCUUAUUUUGGAAAUGGGGCAAGAGAUCCUAUGACUUGUAAUUUCAUAAAAAUAUUUAUAACUAUAUGUUAUAUCUAUAAUGUAUAGAUAUAAAAAAGACAACGUGGACAUUCAGCAUACAUAUUCCUCUUGUGCCAAACUUAAUGUUAGAUCAGUACUUUAAAAUAUUAAUUUUCAAAGUUGAAAUAUUAAAUCCACUUUAAAUCAAACUCCAAAAUUAAAUAUUUCUGCAAACUAAAAUUCAAGUAUCAUACUUUCAAAAAUAUGUCCAAAUGAAAAUUCAGUUUUUAAAUUUAAGUUCAAACAUACACUUAAAUCCAAAUCCAAACACUAUUCCUGCUGGUGUAAUUGAAGGUAUUACUUCUACCAUCCAUGACCAAACUUUCCUCCAUUUUUGUUAUUCUUUUCCCAUUGACAGAAUGGGACAAAGAUUAUCUGAUGUUUUUACAUUAUUCAAACUAAGUGGCUUAAGUUCUUUUCACUUUAAAUACAGGGUUUGUAGUAGAUAAAUUGUCUUAAUAGCAGUCCAUGAAGUCCACCAAAAAGUACUAACUCUUUAUGUUAAUAUAUUUCACCAGACCAUUUAUGUUCCUAUUAAGUCUGUUUAGCUGUAUUCCUGAAACAAUUGAGUCCCAAUGUUGCUGUUUCUAAUUUGGCUGGUUCAUUGCUAAGACAUUACAGUUUGCUUUGCCUUUUUUGAAAGAUUGCCUUUUACAAAAUGUUGUACAAUUUUUAAAAAAAUAUUCUCUGGUUUGUUCUGUCUCUUUUUGACAAGACUAAUGACAAGGCUGGCUGGUGGAUUUGUGGAGUGGUAGUUCACAAAGCCGACUUGCUCAAAUUGUGUUUAAAAUGUGGUUAAUUAAAAACAGAACUUAAAAAUCAUUAUCAUGCUACCUAGUCAAGUAUUUUUUUGUAAAUGGCAAAGUAUCAUUUCAUGAAAGCAAUAAAUGUGCCUCUGGGACAUGGUUGACACAG